AUGACAGGCAUGACAGGCAUGACAUUUAAAAAAAUCCGUCUUCAUUCGGUACAAAAUGAGCCAAUACCUAUUCUUAUUUCAUCAGCAGGUUUUUUACCCGAUCAAAAGACACGUUUUACAGUUACACGACAAGAAAAAUCUAAUGAAUGGAAUGUUGAAGGUGAAACAGAAGGAAUCAGAUAUCAAGGAUCAACAGUUAAUAAACGUGGGGAUAGUUUUUUCCAAUAUUGUAUUGGAAUUGAAAAUGAAGAAAAUGAUACGUUUGAUAUGAUUCCAGUACCAUUGGUUCAUUUAGAAUGUCAUGUUAAGUCUCAAAAAAUUCAUGAAACUAUAGAAAAGAAAGAUUAUGAAAGAGAAAAGAAAGAACUUGGAGAAGCAUUUGGAUCGAAAAAAAUGAAAAAAAUAAUCCAAAAUAAAGAACUUCAUGCAAUUGACACUCAACAACUGCAGGAUAUAUCAUCACAUAUGAUAAAUGAUGUUAAAGAGGUGACUAAAAACAUGACAAGUUUAGAAAAAAUGCGUGGAAAUGCAAGUCCAGAUCUUCCGAUUCCACCACCAAAUACAGAAACGACAAAAUUAGAAGAAGUUUAUUCAUUAUCAGAUAUUAUAACAGAAGCAGAACUGUCUGCUAUUCAUGUUAAAGCAAUUCUUCAAGAGCAAAACGAACGAAAUCGUACAUUAUUAUUUCCUUUCAAAAAUUCACGAUAUGUUAAUGAACAUUUAUCAAAAGCACUUAAAGCAGAGAAAAAGAACAAACAUUAUAUAAAAUUACUUUAUUAUGCAUCAUUAUUAAUGGCAUUUUAUACGAAUCAUCAUUUAGUAUCAAAAAAGGAAUUAUUAACAAAAAAAUUGGGGGAACCACCUUUGAUUUUAAUUGAUCAUCUUAUUACACGGUUUUCAGAGCGUGCGCAUUCAGGAAAAAAUUAUGAAACAAUCCAAUUGGUUAUAACAUCACAUGGAAUGGACAAAAUUUUAUGCUAUUUAUUUGCACUUUGUUUAAUUAUUGAUAAUUUUUCUGUUAAUAUAAAUCUCUUGGCACAAGAUCUUUCACUUAGUACUCAAAAGUGCAAAAAAUUAUUUAAAACAUUAGGAUGUAAAAUUCAAGAAUACACCGAAGCCGAACGACUUGCUAUGAAUCUUUCCAAAGCAGAAAUUAAAUUAUAUAAAAAAGCGGUUCUUACAUUGCCCUUCGAAUUUGUAUCAAAAAAACAAAGGAAAUCAUAA